AUGGCGGAAUGGCGUAUUAGCGACGAGUGUCCAUUGAGGGAAUUUGAAGGCCUGGAUCACGAGCGUUGCGCAGCACUUCAUAAUUAUAUUGUUGAACUAGGCUGGGUUCAGCGAGGCCUCGCAUUGGACACCCUCGACAAACGGACAUGGUGGGAAUGCUAUGGCGGUGAUGCAGUUCUUGCGAGUGUUUCCGAUCGUCUCGAUGCCACUGUUGUCUCUUUCCUAAAGGCAGUUUGGCAUGGAUUUGCAAUGGAACCGGUUGCCAAGCCUCACUGCUUCCAUCGGUAUCUGGCCUGUUUGUGCCCUCCCGAAAGACUUUGGGAGAAUAUAAACUAUGCCGAAGACGAAGACGAUUCGAACAAGCGGCGCUUUGUCACUCUCUAUUGGGCGGCCGGGUCUCUGAGCGCCACUCAUCUACUUGGGCUGGUUUUAGAUCAAGACGAGUGUACAGCCAUGCAGCACACGACUAUUCAUGACACUGACAUCACCAUGAAUGGUCGGCAGUUGUGGCUCCCUCUUGAGAUGAUUCUUGAUGGCUUUGUCGACAUGAUAGACCAAGGUAAAGUCCUGGCCGUCAACGAUGGUUACAAUGGGGAACAAGAGCGCAUAGAACCGUGGAUCAUGCCUUCAUACACUGAACGAGACCUCCAGGACACCCUCCAGGCUUUCGAGCAGCUGGUAGACGCUAUCCACGCCAGAAUGCCAUCUCAGCCGCAGAAUACUAGACAAGGUCUGCUCGACCUUGUGACUGGUGGUAAUGCAGAGAGCCUACCCUCGAACAGCUUCGCUCAUCGGUUUCUCACCCAGUGCUCAAAGCCUGCCUUUACUUAUAUCGCACCAGGGUUGAGCAUGGCUCAAUACCAACCUUUUGCCCCAACUUCAGGGCAAGUGGAAGCUGACAAGCUCUACCCACUUCUCCUCUUCUCAAGUAAAGAUCCUGCCUACCAAGAGACCCGUCGCACGCCAUGGGGUGAGGAUAUGCGCAUCUCGCCGUUUGCUCCUGAGUUCGAUCACGUCUCAUCCUAUCCAGCCGGUCUCUAUCUCACAGAAACCAAUCCAUAUAGCAUACAUCCGUUCGAGGACGGUAGCAAACUUAUCCUUCCAUUCACACUUGGCUCAAACACAUUCGCUCGAACAAGCGACGGAGCACUGAUUGGCGAACACGUGCGAAGGGCGGGAGAUGAUGGUGCGAUUGAUAUAGAACCGAAGAGCACGGAGCUCUAUCAGCUAGGAUUUAAUCACUAUAUUUCAUCGCACGACGUACAACUAAGGUAUGUACUAGAGAAAUGGAUUGAGAUGGUCGAAGAGGGGAAAUGGCAGGUUGACCAGGAUGGUGUUGUGGGAGGUAUAGAGAAGUGGCGCGAGGCGGACACAGAGGCAAAUUGGUCGGACUAUCAACUGCUGAUGAGUUGGUGA